AUGUCGCGCGAAAUGCACUCAAGUGAUGUGCGCGUGUUGGUUGCCAGUGCGCCGGAGCUUUCCUCUGCGAUGAAAGACCAGAUUUAUGCUCUCCUCGAAAGCAAUAUGCGCGCCAUGUACGAGACGUACUCGGAGUGGAACGCUGUCGAGAAGCGCACUGAGCUGGAAGACCCCGUCUCGCGUUUUUUGCUCGUAGUCCCCAAGUCCUACGAUGCGCGGACGACGCGCCGGACAACACGGCACAGCGCCACAACUGUACCUCCCCUGCUUGGAUACGUCAUGUGGCGGUACGAGACGUACGACGCGCUAGCGCACGACUCUGUCGCGGUGCCCGGCGAAGACCAAAUGGAGGUCGCUUACUGCUAUGAACUGCAGGUGGCUGCCUCCUAUCGCCGGCUCAAGCUUGGGUCAUGGCUUUUGUGCCUGCUUGAGGCUGUGGCAUGGCAAGCAGGCAUGCGCAAAGUCAUGUUGACAGUCUUUAAGCAAAAUGUCGACGCGCGUGCAUUUUAUACCAAAUGUUCCUACCGCCUGGACGCCACUUCCCCCACUGACGACCCCAGCGAUGAGUACCGCUGUGUGAUCAUGAGCAAGGCGUCCCCCACGCUCCUUUCGCAGCAACGAGUGGCAGCGCCACACUAG